CGUGACGAAGGCUCCCUCGAAACUGGAGGCGGAUGUUUAAAACUGAAUUCUUGGGUGACACUUUUACACUGGUCAUCCGUCCAGGUGGUCGCCUCAUUGGCCGUGCCUGUUUCUUCGUUAGGAUGCGUCUCACUCUGACACACUUCAUCACGAAGAUGAAGUACCGUUCACUAUGGCUGCUGAUACUCUGUGUCGGGGCCCUGCUGCUUCUCUACACACAUUUCUACACUGGCGGAAUAGGCUUUGUGUCAGCCGUCCGGAAAAACGGCACGGACCAGUAUGUUGUGUACGUAUGUGAUGGCAGUUUCCCUUGCGGUGGAUGGGCCGACAGACAGAAAGGCAUCGUCUCAGCCUACGUGUUGGCCCAACUCAUGGGCCGGAAGUUCAGGGUCAGGAUAACGACCCCAUGUGAUCUGUCUACGCACCUAGCGGGGAACCUAAAACCAUGGGAGAUAACUCCGAGGGAACUGGAAGGCUUGAGCGUGAAACAUGUUAAGGAGAUCGACAAGAACGCAGAUAGUUUGCGAAAGAAAAUGUCUUCCAUUGAUCUCAUAUCCAAUUUCCCUGAGGAUGUGGUGUAUUUUACAAGUAAUAUGGAAUAUGUAGAGUAUCUUAUAAAAAACCCGCGUUACUCCAACCAAACGGAAUGGAUGCGGAAGUUACGAGUGGCGGAUGUGUAUACAGACACUCUCAAAAAGUUAUUCAAACUGAAGCCCAACCUUGUUCAGAGGCUUUCCAACUUCACUUCCCGGAUACCCAGAGAAAAGGGGGUAAAGCUAGCCUGUGCGCAGGUCCGUCUGGGCAAGAACCCCACCGUCCCAACUGACACUGAGCAAUUCAAUACAUUCGAGAGUGUGAAAGCAGUGUGGGAUUUCCUCAAGCCGUACAAUGAUAUAACGAAAUACAGGAUAUUCGUGACUUCAGAUUCCGAAGACGUCCGGAAGACCGCGAAGAAAGAAUUUCCCGGCACAAUCAUUGACAUGGAAGGCAAUAUUGUCCAUGUUGAAAGGACGAAUGGUGCCAAUGUGUGUGAUGGUUUUGCUAAGGUGAUACUGGACCAGUUGAUAUUGUCCACGUGUGACGUCCUCGUCAUCAGCCGGAGCGGCCUGGCCCGCAUCGCAGCGUGGUACAGGGGUCGGAAGGAAGACGUGUAUUGUUUCUCCAAGUCUAAAGUAACACCAUGUAACCCAUAUGAUCUGAAAGCCUUCAUUCCAAGUUGGUAAGAGGUAUUAAUUGACGAUUGCUGGGUGACCAAAGUCUCACGAUUUACACGGACCUUACAUUGGGGUAUUGGUUGGUGGGAUGAGUAAGUAUGUGGGUACAUAUAUCUACAUUUAUCAAUUGCGAUGCAAAUUGUGAGCACCAUUUUGUGGAUUGCCAUGCCAACUGCAGCUCAAGUGUGUGGAGUGCGAUACAAGAUAUGAGCUCUUUUUGUCCAGAGUCUGAUGCAAGGUAUCACAUCCCUUUAGUGCAAUGUGUUAUGCGUGAGUGAGUAUAGUUUUAAGUCACGUCGGCAGUAAUUCAUCCAUAUUGUAACAACACUACGAUUCACAAUUUCGCUCAAAUAAGUCGAAAGGACUUUUUGUCUAUACAAUCUCGGGCUUGACAAUUUUAUUUCCAGUCGACCUGGGCCCACUUGCACAAAGCGAUGUUAGCACUAAGAUAAUCGUAACUCCCAUACUUUAACAUAGGCUUACAAUGGUCGUAGCGCUAAGAUCGCUUUGUGCAAGUGGGCACCAUACCUGUGCUCGUUGGAUUCGGUUAUAUAGUGGCAUUGCGAAGAGUUCUCCAUAUCUCGCCUCAUCCUUUCAUUGAUUGGUUUGGAUACAACGUUACCAGAUGGGCGCUAGUCUCUUCCCCUGACUCAGUCGUGCAAGGCAUAUGUGCAAUAACAGUGAUAUAGAAAGCAAUAAUGAUGAGAGAUAACGAGGCUUUGACGUAACUUCACAAUGUUAACAGAAAUAACGGGACAAAGUUUGUAAAACCAAAAUUAGAGAAAAUGCCGCAAGCCUGAAAAUAGACCACAUAUUGAUUGGCUAAAGACUGGAAAUGGUUCCACAUUAAAUGAUUGGCCCGGUUGCUGUCGGAACCUUCUUAAAAAAAACCCAGAUAAAUUGCAACAUGUCGCAACUCCCAUGCUUUAACACAGACUUAAGACUGUCGUAACGCUGAGAUGACUUUGUGAACCGGUGCCCAGUUCAGCAAGAUUUGAUAAUGAACUUUAUAAAGGCUAAUUAGGCUCCACAAUGUGAACGUUGGCACGCAGUCGGGGUACGAUAACAUGAGUUCACACAAAACACCGGCUGCUUAUCUCCAAAAGUAACCCAAAAUUAAUCUAUCGCCACCUGUCAAAUAUCCAACAUGAUUGUUCAGUCGGCAAGUCCAGAGCGACAACGAUCCCGCCAUUUUGUCGAAAUUUAACCUUCAGUUUGAUUUUUUUCAAAACAUAUAAUAAUGUUAUUCAGAAUCUGUUUUUGUGUCUCUGUCGUUCACGUGGCUGCCGGAUUGUAUGUUGCGUUUGUGCCCCACGAACAAAAAUCAAACUGUCUGUCAAACAAAAAGCAUUGUACGAUCAACCGUGGCGCCUACGUUUUACAAAUACGUCUCCUCUCAUGCGUGUCAACCAGUCCACAACAGUAGCCGUUCCCGAAAGUCAUGUUAGUACAGGUCCAUUGGGCACGCCAGAAACCUAUGAUUGUGGGUUCGAAUCCCGGUUCGCCCCGAUUAUGUUUCUAGGUUGGUCAGCACCAUACCCGUGCUCGUGGGUUUCACCGAAGUGGUAAACGUCUGAGACCUACAUCACUUGGGGCUUUCCUCCCACAUUAAGCUGACACGCCGUGAUAUAACUGUUAAAACCGGCAUUAAACCCAACUCACUCACUCAUGUUAGUACAGACUUAUCGUAAGUCAAAGCUAUAUUGAGAUUCCAUGGUGUCAUGGAGAAGGCCCUUUACGAAAGUCUUCCAAUCAUCCGAACGAUCAUCUGUAAGUGCCAGUUGCACAAUAGAACCGCGUUUCAAAGGCUACUUUAAGUCAACUAAGAUCUCAUGUCAUAAUAUACGUGAUGGACGUGUUCAACACGGCCAGGGUAAUGUAUUAUUCAUUCGUGUUAUGCCCGUGCUUGGCGCAUAUUACGUUCAUAUGCCCCUCGUAAUAAUGUAGUACAUGUAGCAGGCUGUUUCAAAGGAUUUACUACAUCCUACAGACCUACUGAUACAGAGUAGGAGCGGACGAUGGAGUAAAUACAUACAGUUGGGAAUGUAAGAAUAUGUUAGGGGCAGAUUAUUAAAUAUGUUCAGGGGUGGGGUUCCAACAUUUGAUUGUAGUCCCCAUUCUAUGAACGCCGAGUAAAUAAUUGUACUUUUUGACGGGAAAAAUAUAAUUUUGCUUUGAAAUCUGCCAUACAGUAGUAUUUAUCUCUGCAAUAUAUUUGUGGUCCGACAAAAGCCAAGCUAUUUGGGGCAUGUUAUCAUAUUACUUCUCAGUGUCAUUUCCCAUGCUACACGCUGCCAGUAAUGUGAUUGAUCUAUCAUAUCAAAGUUGUUCAAGGGAACAAUGAUAUCUCCUAUCUCGCGGGAAGUGCUCCACAAAGCUGCUUUGUUUCUCCGGGUUCGUCUCGGACAACAUGGUACUGCCUGUUAGUAUUAUUUCGGAAGUGAAGGUCUGAUUGUAUGAAUAAACAUGUGUUUAUGCUCCCCGGGUGUUUAUCUGAUCUAGUUAUGUUUACGAGAAAAGCCGGGUCGUAUCUCUUAAGUUCCAGGGUGUUUAUUUCAGUUAAGUCAUGUUAAAAUAGUGGACAAUUUCUGGAAUGAAUGCUGAUCUACGCCUCAUGAGAAAACUGCCUUUAUGCAUUAAUGACCGCACUGCAGAGCGCCACUCCAGUUACUUACCCAGACAGGUGCCACGCACCCCAAAGGUGGUUCCCAUUCCACCUGUGAUACACACGAGUGCCUUCAUUACAUCGUUACUCUACUGACACGUCAACAUUUCUACUGUUUCCACUGACACUUGUACAUCGUUUUACUGUUGAUUUUGUUUGUCAAUUUUGGAUGUCCUGAAAAAAACUGUUCGCCGGCUUUGCACCCCAGAUUUACCCUGAUCGUGUUACUUGGCUGCAUCGCCUGACCUGCAUCGCUUCGGGAUUUCCUCCCACAUUAAGCUGACACGCCGUGAUAAGACUGAGAUGUCGUUUCAAGCAGCUUUAAAACCAACUCACUGAAAGUUGAAAUGUAUAAGUUUGAAAACACUUGAAAUCUGGUCAUGACAUAAACAACCAGGCAGAUUUGACCCACAUCCGCAGGAGGAGGAAAUCCGGUUCUCGCGAUAUUACGACCCUGAACUGUUAUGAGAACGAGGCUCACGUGCCUAAUUCAAAACGAGGGGCGUGUGUUGACAGGUGUUUCUUUGAUCCCAUUGCAUAUAUCUUAUUCUGCUUUUCUUUCAGAGUAUCGUUUCACGUUGUUGUUUUCAGUGAGAUGAACCCCUAGCCUGGUGAAUACCUCCAUGUCAUAAUCAUUUCCUUCAUUUAUUCCAUCUGAUUUACUGCUUGAUUGUUUGAUUGUUCGUUACGCAUUUACUUAUAUGCCAAGAGUAUAUAUUAAUCGCUUUCGUUUUGGCCAUGAUUGAUUCAUGGAACACAAACGUAUUUAUUUAGCAUGGUUAACAAUUGCCCAUACCCGAUGUUUGAGUAUGGACCCAAUAAAGUAACGGCUGAUUCAUGUAUCCAUGGUUAAGUUACGCGGCCCAUCGCGUCGACUGUACUUCACGGGGUUGUAUGUAUUUGUUUGUUGAAUAACAUCGCACUCGGCAAUAUUGUAGUUAUAUGGCAGCGGUCUGUAAAUGAUUCAGGCUGGACCCGACAAUCCAGUGAUUGACGUGAGGGUGGUCAGGUUCGCUGACUUAGUUGAUGCAUGUAAUCGUAUCCCAAUUGUGUGGAUCGAUGCUCCUGUUGUCAAUCACUUGAUUGUCUGGUCCAGACUAUUAUUUAUUGACCGCCGUCAUUUAGCUGGAAUAUUGCUGAGUGCGGCGUUAAACAACAAACAAACAAAUAAUUCGAGCUGGGAAUGAAACGCUGCACGUUUGCAGGGCAAUCAGAGAAGUAAUGAACAUUACAAACGUGGAUUUAAUUAUAGGAAAACUGAAAUUCACGUUUAGAUUUAACCCAGUUGAAUUUGAAUAUGAAUUUAUUUAGCGAAGACUGGUCAAGCAAUAACGUACAAAUGCCAACAUCUGUUCUAUUGUCAUGUAAAGUUCAAGUUAGUCAUCGAACAUCCAUUGCAAGGGCUGCCUAAUCUGCGUAUAUUAACUCAUUAACUUUCAGUGAUAAUUAUGACACUGUUGUCUCGUGCAGGACGGGAAUGCCACUGACGUAUUUCGGUCACGUGUAACUUUAAGUAUGCCACUCUUUUGUGUCGCUCGAUGGCUUCGCGUGAGCUGUACAGAAUUUAGAUUUUUGAAAUUCAAAGUUCAGACUUCAAAAAGACAUCAUCGCUCUAUUUGAACUUAUUACGAUACUGUAAACUAUGUCUGAAAACACCAUCGCUUUUUGAACGGCAUUACAAUUGAAGCUCACUUUAUCAUAACCGAUGCUUGUAAAGACCAGUUCGUUGAAGGUUUUUUUUGAAGCAAUUACCCAGAUGCCAAACAUUAAGUUUGGUAGAAAUCAUUACAAUUUUAAACCAUACUUGGUCAGUACCAUUAAGUAAAAUAUAUUUUGAAUUUUGUCCGCAAUGUUUGAACUAAAUAUGGAUGAUUUAUUUUCAUCAUUACUACAUAUUUAGAUGUAAUUAAAUUGAUUAUUAUUUGUUUUCGAUGAAAAUUGCUAUUUUUAGACGCCGAUGACCUCAUGUUCCUUAGUGGCUUAAUCUUGGAUUGGCAUCGCCGAUAUGAGGUUGUACAGGGUUUGGGGCACUGAAACGACAUUUCAAAAAUCAUAAACGAAAAAAUAGAUGUUUGAAUGAGAAUUUUUUUUAAAUAGUACUAAGUCCUAAUCUUGCAGAAAUCCCAACAGUUAGAGAUGUGUACUUGCGCUUGUGUACUUACUAUAUAUACUUCCAUAAUAACGCACUGCAGUGUCUAAAUCGACAUGACUCAAAUAUAUUAAAAUAUCCAAACUAUGUUUGAAUUUGUACCGUCAGUAUGUCAAAGUAACAUUCCAUCCUGCAUGUUUCCGGAUUCAAAUUGUUUUUCAUAUUUACAUAUCUUGUCAUGUUGUUAAUGUUAAAUGUUUUUGUGUAAUAAAUACGUGCCACGUUUCUAA